CCUUGUUUUGCUGGGUGACUUUCUGGGCAACCAAAGAGUAGACAGAGGCAGGCCAGUCGAGCAAAAUUAACUACCGUAUCUAUUCCACCAUCCUUCGCGGUUCUCACCGAUUCUUUCCUCUAACCCUCAACUCUGCUCGCCUCUUGGCAUCAAGUUUCGAAUUGAAGAUCCAAAAUCUCAAGUUCCAUGAGGCCCAUACAACUUCCGGAGCCGCCCAGUCCCAAACUGGGCACGCCGGAAAUCUUCGAAGGUGGCGUAUACGGCGUCGUUAGGCGCGCCGUUGUGAUUGGCAACGGCUUCCCGGGUUCGGAGAAUCAGAGCAUCGGCUUGGUUCGUGCUCUCGGCCUCGCUGAUAAGCAUGUGUUAUAUCGGGUUACAAGGCCAAAAGGAGGAAUCAAUGAAUGGCUUCACUGGCUCCCAGUUUCUCUUCACAAGAAGUUAGAUUACAUCAUAAGGCGGAUCUGUGUUUUAUUGAUAUAUCGAGGGCAGAAAACUUUGCCUUCACCUACAGAAAAUGGUGGAAGUGCGGGCUUGAAAUGUGUUUUAGAAGCUGAUGUCCAGCAGAUUGUGACAAUGGCUCGUCAGACUUUUGAAAAGGAUGGACCUAUAUUGGUGGUAGCUUCGGGCAGGGAUACCAUUUCUGUUGCAAGUUCUAUUAAACGACUAGCAUCGGAUAAUGUUUUUGUUGUUCAGAUACAACAUCCCAGGUUGCAUCUAAAUAGGUUUGACUUGGUGAUUACCCCUAAACACGAUUAUUAUCCUUUGACUCCUGAAGCACAAAAGCAGGUUCCUCAAUUUAUUCAUAGGUGGUUAACUCCUCGUGAAGCUCCUGACAGGCAUGUGGUCCUCACUACUGGAGCUUUACAUCAAAUUGACGCUACUGCACUUCGAAACGCAGCUAGUGCAUGGCGUGAUGAGUUUGCAACUCUUCCAAAGCCCAUACUUGUGGUGAACAUUGGUGGCCCUACAGGAAAUUGUCGUUAUGGUGCUGACCUUGCAAAGCAAUUGACAACGAAUCUGCAUAGUGUUCUUGCAAGCUGUGGAAGCAUCAGAAUAUGUUUCUCUAAUAGGACGCCUGAAAAAGUAUCUAAUGUCAUGACAAAAGAGCUUGGAGAUAACCCAAAAGUUUACAUCUGGGAUGGUCAAGAGCCAAACCCACACAUGGGCCAUCUAGCCUGGGCCGAUGCUUUUGUUGUCACUGCAGAUUCUGUCAGUAUGAUAAGUGAGGUUUGCAGCACUGGGAAGCCUGCCUAUAUUAUGGGAGCUGAGCGUUGUACAUGGAAGUUGUCAGAGUUCCAUAAAUCACUCAAAGAGAGAGGAGUAGUUCGACCAUUUACAGGUUCUGAGAAUAUUUCAGAGAGCUGGAGUUACCCUCCACUCAAUGACACCGCAGAAGCAGCGAGUCGAGUGCAUAAAGCACUUGCUGAGCGUGGAUGGAGAUUGCGGCCAUAGGAAGUGAAUUGAUAAUCAUUGCUUCUUGUAAACACAUUCAAAUCUUAUGUUAAAAGGUACACCCGUUACAAAUUAGGUUUUCCUGAUAGCACGUAUAGGAAUGACAGCUAAAGGCUGUGGUAGCACGUAUAUUUUGAUUUUUCCCCCUUUUUGGGGUCUUGAGAUGUGUAGAAUAAAGGCUAUCUAUAAUUGUGCGGCUUGUAAAUUUGAGGGGCGAGCUUUUAUUUUUCUAAGGUUGGGUUGGUCUUUAUUCUGAAAACAAUUCAUUUGUAAUUUAAAGUGGUUUACUAGAUUCUUUUCUAUUUCCAAUUACUUAGA